AUGAAAGGAGUUAGAAGAUUCGGAAAGAAAGAGAAGUUAAGUCCUAUAAUUGUAGGCCCGUUUGAGAUUCUAGAAAGAAUUGGGCAAGUACCUUUUCGAUUAGCAUUGCCACCAGCACUGUCAGGAGUGCACCAUGUAUUUCACGUAUCUAUGUUGAGAAAAUACGUGUUGGAUUCGUCUCAUGUGCUUAGCCAUGAGACCUUGAGCUUACACGAAGAUCUUUCAUAUGAGGAAAAUCCAAUACAUAUAUUGGAUAAGAAGGACAAGGUAUUGAGAAACAAGAAUAUUCCAUUGUUUAAGGUUCUAUGA